AUGAGAUCGUGUGUAAAGCUGGGCACCGCGUGGCUCCUAGGUAUUCACGUUGCAGCAGUUGCGAGCUCGUCAGCCGCUGGCACUGUUCUGUUUGACUCUCUGCUAAGGGAAGCCAGGGUGCGCUACACAGCUGCCGGCGCACGUUUAACCCAGGAAGAGCUUGCCAAUACGGUGACUGAAUCCCUGAAGAAGGCGUCGCAGCUCCUGGGACUCAGUGUGCCCGUUGUAAGCGGUGACUGCGAAUUCGAUUUCUCCUCGUUUUGUCCUGAGGGAUGGGUGUCUUCCGGUGACGGUGUCCACUGUGAGGUGGUACAUGCUGGUUCCGCCGAUGCGGGGUGCUGCGGGAGUCAACUAGACAUGCGGAAUAAGUCCCCCUUGGAUAAGCUGAGCCUUGCGAAUAUGUGCAACGUAAAGUGGCCUUGUCGCGCAUCGGAGGUCUACGUUUCGUCGGAUGAGGGUAUCUGUCCUCAGUUCUGGCACAGAGAAGGUGGGUCGGCCUCUCAUGUUUGCCAACACUCUGAAGGGGAGGAAUGCGUGGCAGACCACACCUACGUGGGACCUUGCGACACACGUCUUAAUUUCACGGGGAAGGGUCAUCAGGAGCGUGAAGACAUCGCUCGGAAGUGCGGGCUCUCGUAUUCGCGCACAGCCGGGCUCCUGGAUGAGGGCAGCGACUGGUCUGCAGAUUGCCCACUGGGGUGGUCGCUGCAUGAGGAUGGCACAUGCAUCCUAAACGCUGAUCAGAGUGCUGGAAUGUGCGGAAGAGCACUAAAGUUUGUGGAUAUUCGUGACAAGCGCGAUAAGGCUCGGCGUUGCGGCCUUGUGUGGCCUGUCAAAUUAGCGAAAGUUGAGUCGAUGUGUCCACUGGGGUGGCGGUAUGACGAGGAGAACGAGCUGUGCUUGGCGCCUCCAAGUUACACGGGCCCCUGCCAGUUAAGGAUGGACUUUAGAAACUACACUGCUGCAGAAAAGGCUCUCUGGGCCCACGUCUGUAGUGGUAGUUUCCUAGAUGGUGGUGUGGCGAAGGAUGAGCCCACUAAAACCACGUCAAAUGUGUCGUACCGCAGCGGCGCCCUGGACCAUGCGUUAUCCGUCGUUCGCUUUAGCAAACCUGUUAAAGAUAUGCGGGUUAUUGAAAAACAGCUUGAGAGUAGGCAUCGCUGGGGCGCUAUUUCAUCUGAAUCAGAGCUUCGCCGUCUGCGUAAGACGACUAAUGAUCGCUUGUUUAUUAGCACCAUCAACGUAAGCCUUCUUGCUGUUUGUGCGCUAACGUCUGUACAGAAAAGUAUCGCAUCCCUGCGCUCGCAAUUGGACAAAGCCGCUGGUACAACACCAGCGUUCAUUCAGCUGGAAUCAAUGCACCUCACUCCCGAAAGCACGAAUUGCCCUUACGGCUGGCGUCAAUUCGAUGGCGUCUGUGUUGCUGGUGAAACCUACAGCCGCAUAAUGCCGGGGUGCAGGACAAUACAUCACUUGUCGGACGGGUUUGACGAACGAUGCCGUGUAUCGCACCGCACCGAGGAUGUGCUGGAAGAUUUUGUUCGCGCAUACUGCCCGUUGGGCUGGCGCAUCCGCCGGGUGUACUACGGAAACUUGGUGCGCCACAUAUGCGUGGCACCAUCCGAUUGGAGUGGGGCCCAAAAGGCCGAAUGCGGCGGCACAACUGUGGACUUUUCCGCCAGGUCACCUGGUUUCAAACGGCGGUGGGCGUUCGCCUGUGGACAGCGAUUUCCCCAAUUUACGGACGCUCAUGCGGCGAGGUGCGCUGAGAACUUCUAUUGGCGAUGCCCGGCGGAAUGGAUCCACGAAGGAGAAGACUGCGUUGCACCCCAACAUUACGGUGGGCCCUGCCCUCCAAAAGUGCCCGUAUCGCAACUUGCCAGCGCUAGCUUGAAGGCUGCGUUUUCGCAGCGUUGUCACGCUGCAUGGCCAUGUAUAGGAUACUGUGAGAAAGAUUACAGUGCGGAUUGCCCGGAGGGGUGGAUUCGAACGGACGAAGGCUGCAAGCUGUCAUCCAAUAGCGACGGAGGCAGUUGCGGCAACCAUAUCGUCGUGCCGAAGUCAGUCUUCCUAAUGUCGUGA